AUGUCCCCAGGUUGUGACCGUGGCAUUCACCUCUCCAUCCUGCCCUCCCCAUUUUCGCUCCGACCCUCCCUAUCCUUGGAGGAUGAGGAGCUGAUCCCGGCAUCCUACGGUACGGGGCCGGCCGAACGGGAAUCCAAAGAGCCGGAGGAUGUGCUUCACGACAUGCCUCCCGAGGUGCUCACGCAACCGUUUCCACGGACUCUCUCAAAUCCGGCGGCGGACGACAUCCCCGUAGAGCAGGAGCCAUCACGGCAUGUGGAUUACCUGUCUCAUAAGUGGCAGGAAGAAGAUAUCUGGGCUUCCUGGCGCUACGUGACGGCCCGGAAGACUAUCUACAGUGAUGGAGUCCGCCUGGAAAACGCGUCCUGGAGAACGUGGGCCAAGGCGAAGAAUAAUCUCGGUACUACUGCGCCUGAAACGUUGAACUGGCUGAAGGACUGCGAUGUCACCUGGCUCUACGUGCCAUUAAAAAAAUCUGGCAACAGUACGACGGCGUUGGCUGUAUCCCCGCUCCCGAGUUGCACCGGGACGCCAAGUUCGCACGUAUACUAUAAACCGAUUUUGAAGAAAAAGACCGCAUCCGAAACCAUCCUGCAGCGGUCGCUGUCGCAGCACACACUUCUGCAGCAUGCUAGCGCUAUUCUAAAGGCGCAGGAGGCCGAGAAGGGCGGGGUCCGGACAUCGCUGAACCGCACCGUCACCGAACUUGACCAUUUCCACCGUCGCACGGGCAGCUCGUCGUGUUCGCUCGGAGGCACCCUCACCGCUACGUCCUCGUCCGGCAUUGUCUCUCCGAGCGAGCGGCGGCACAUCCACUUCAGCAACCAUGUGGCGCAGUGUAUCGCUGUCGAGGGUAAAGAGGAUGAUGAGGAAGAGGACGAAUGGCUGGCGGCCUUUGAGGAUGAGUCGUCCGAUGAAGGCGCGGUUAUGAUGUCCCAGCUGCUAAACAGAGCCUCCAUCUGCAACCACAGCACGCAGUAUAGUAGCUUUAGUGGCGAACGGAAGAGCAUCGCUCCCUUGCCCUCCACUACGCUCAGAUAUCGCGGAGAUGUGCCACAGAUGCAGACCGACUCUAUCGAGGGCCAAUCAUCCAUCCUCCAGCCGUCAUCGAUGCCGUCGUCCACGUCCUCGGUAGAGAUGCUGCGCCCACCCCAGCGGUCGGCAGAUCACAUCCUUGACGAAGGGGACGCCGCACUAGGCUUCGACGGCCAGUUUGCUUCGGACGACGACAACCGGUAUCAGUCGUGGUUUUCCCCUCAUUCCACCAAAACGGGUGGCGAUGAGGUUGAGGACGAGGAUCGCCGGCUGCGAUUGACCGCGUCGGGCAUGUCCAUGCCAUUUGACGAAGGCGAAGCGGCCAGCACCAGCAUCUUGGGCCGGGCGUUAGACAUGGUGAACAUUGCGCGAGAUAUUGCCUAUGUCAUAUGGAACGUCGGUUGGUGA